AUGUUCCUAGCCUUCAUAGGUCUCUAACUGUUAUUGGUACUGGAGUCGUUUUUCAGAAAGCAGAUCUCAAAUUUUUCUUCAACUAGAGGCAAUUCUCAACAUAAGACUUUUUCAGACAAUCAGAACCCGUGCUUGAGACAACACCUGGCGCUACUAUCCGCGCACUUGCUCGUGCUACAAGGUAGGAAUAAAGAUUUUCCUGAGAAAUCAAACUUUUUAUAAUCACCGUUUCUAGAUCGGAAUGCCAGCUAACUUCGAAGACAUUUUCGUAGAAUAUUCUCUGUUCAAUUUUUAAAAAGCUCCCAAAUUUUUAAUAAACCUUACUCUUUUACUCUACCAGGUAGUUUUCCUUAAUUAGAUAUUUUUACCUUGAAAUUUCCAGCUUUGAUUCCAAAAGCCUUUAUCAGGUCCUUCACAUACGUCGAGCUCAAAUUUUUCGUUUUUCAUCAGAUCUCUCAGAUUCUCAACUCUACCUACUUCGAACAAGCUCAAGAAGACUGCUCAAAUCUCUUCCCGGGCAGUAACCUCGUCUCUAUUCACAGCGAUUCUGAGGCGAUCUUCGUCAGUGGUAUGUAUGGUUUAUACAUCAAUUUUUUGAGGACUUCAAGCUCAGCUUUAUCCUUCAAUCACUCCAAGACAUUUGAACCUUCCUAACUAUCAAAUUGAUGUUUUCUUUCUUAAAAAAAAAUUAUCUCAAGAACUUUCCGACUUCUUGUAUUUUAAAAAAUUUUCUGGCCUCUUGUCUUUCUGCUAUGACAUCUCUAUUCCUAGAACAGUUUUACAGAAGCGAUUAGGAAAUUUUGAUAAUCAUCCCUUUCAUACCAUUUUUGAUCACUCUCGCCUAUCUUCAUUUGAAAUUUCGGAACUUUCAAAUUAUCCGAAAUACAGUACUGGCCAUAAAGGUAUUUCAAAGUGGUUAUUCGAGCACAACUUCUCUGAAAGUGGCUCAAAUGACUUGAAACUUCGUACAGAUUUCAAAUAACUACACAGUACCUCUUUCCCGAAAGAAGAACUCAUUUGCCCGAGUCAGACCGGAUUUGAGAGCUAAAAACCAAAAAUCGUAAAAAUGAAGAUUUUUCUUUGGAGAUUCGAAAAAUCAUACCUUCAAAGAAACUUCGAUUUUUAAUCAGAAACUUUUCUUUACGGUAAAACAAGUCUUCGGCUUUCCAAAAAACCUAGUCAGCCCUCUACCAACCCGAUAGUAAGAGCGUAGUGAAUUUUUCUUCGGAAGACCUUUUUCGUUUUGACUCCUCGUCAUUCAAAUGGACUAUACGAGGUCAUUUUUGUUUGAGAACACCCUGUUUCAUGUUGAAAAACUUCAAAACACCCUCAAAAAUAGUUUUGCACUGUUUUCUUCAGCUUUCUCACUUUAUCCUCUCUCUAGAACUCGCUUACUUCACUAGGUCUGAUUUUGAAACCUCUGAUUCGAAGCGGUUAUGCUCAUUUUUCAAAAUCAGAACAUUCUCGAUUUCUCAUUUCAGCAAAGCUUUUUCAGAACCGUUAUGAAUUAAAAUAAAAGAAGACUCACUGUGUUUUGCUUACUUAAUCAAAAUAUAUAGUUAUAAUGAGUUUCUGAAAGAUGAUAAAAACCCCUUUUUUAUAUUUUUAAGUGUUUAAGAUCAUGAGAUAAAUUUGUAACUCCACUUUCUAGCUCUCAGUUCAAAGAUAAGCAUUGUAAAAAGUUUCUUUGAACUUUAGGGGAAAAAUAAGUUUUUGGUCUUGUGAAAUUAAUGCUUCAGCAAAAAUUAGCAGUCUUCAAAGUAGGAGCCUGCAAUUUAGCCAUUAUUUAUUUUCGAAUUCACGAUUAAAAGCAAAAUGAUCAGAUAAAAAUUGCUUUGAAUGCCCGAAAGUCCAGAGAAACUGUUCGAAUCAGAGGUUUCAAAAUCAGACCUAAAGAAGUAAGCGAGUUCUGGAGAGAAGAUAAAAUGAGAAUGCUGAAGAAAUCAGUGUAAAACUAUUUUUGAGGGUGUUUUCAAGUUUUUCAACAUGAAACAGGGUGUUCUCAAACAAAAAUGACCUCGUAUAGUCCAUUUGAAUGACGAGGAGUCAAAACGAAAAAGGCCUUCCGAAGAAAAAGUCACUACGCUCUUACUAUCGGGUUGGUAAGGGGCUGAUUAGGUUUUUUAGAAAGCCGAAGACUUGUUUCACCGGGGAAAAAAGUUUCUGAUUUAAAAUCGAAGUUUCUUCGAAGAUAUGAUUUUUCGAAUCUCAAGAGAAAAAUCUUCAUUUUUACGAUUUUUGGUUUUUAGCUCUCAAAUCCGGUCUGACUCGGGCAAAUGAGUUCUUCUUUCGGGAAAGGGUUACUGCGUAGUUAUUUGAAAUCUGUACGCAGUUUCAAGUCAUUUGAGCCACUUUCAGAGAAGUUGUGCUCGAAUAACCACUUUGAAAUACCUUUAUGGCCAGUACUGUAAUUCUAUUCUCAACUUUUCGCUACUGGUCCUUCAAUCACUUCAGAUUCUCAAGAUCUUCCAAAAUAAUUUUUUUUUCUCCUCUCUUUGAAAGCAUGAAUCUUCACUGACUUUAAUCAAUCCAGAACUUUCAAACCUUCUUUAUUUCCAGAUGGUCACAGCCGGAUCUUUUUCUCUAUCCUCACUUAAUCACCCCAGAACCUUAAAAAAAUCUGAAACUUCCGAAAUUAUCAUCUUAUUCUGCUCGGUUUGAGAGCUUAGACCUUCGUCUAUGUUCCUUUAACCACUCCAGAACCUUGAAAAGUUCUGAAACUCCUGAAAAAUUCUCCUUUCUGCUCUUUUUGAAGUCGCAGAUUUUCGUCUAUGUUACUUCAAUCACUCCAGAACCUCGAAAAAUUUGGAAACUCCCGAAUUAUUUUUUCUCUUCUGCUCGGUUUAAAGGCACAGAUCUUCGUCUAUGCUCCUUUAAUCCCUCUAGAUCAUAAAAAAAUAUCAAAUUGCACAGACAUGGUAAUCGCCGCGAUUGAAAACGACAACUGGGAAGUUCACCACGACGGCGAGGAUGAUACCAUAAUCGGCUUGUACCGUACUGAAGUUGGAGCCCCUUGGCAACAUACCGAUCAUACGCCCUACGAUUUCUUCCCCUGGAUCGCACCGGACACUUCGAUCAAUAACAACUAUGGGACGGUGGGUUAUAGAGAGGUUAUUCUAGUCUGCGGUUGAGGAUUUCUUGAAAGUCAGCCAGAAUAUUCCAGCAGUCUCAACCUUCUCAACUUUCUGGUUUUCGGACAAGGAUACCUCAAAGUCAAAGAAAGCCUUCAAUAUUCUUAAAAAAGGGUCUUUUCGUCCUUAUUACAAAAAUCUUGGAGCUUAUAAAAGCCGGGAAAAAUACAAACCAAAGGCUCAUUGUCUACAGUUACCUUAGUUUCUAACUGGAAUUCAUAAUUUUUCAAAAGAAAUUCAGAAAUUCAAACGUAAUGCUCUUUUUCAGUUGAUAACUUCGAGCGCACCGGGCUACCGAGGAUUUGGAGGCGUUUACAGUACUGAGAACUACAUUAUCCGGACAGCCGUUUGCAAAUAUCAGCUUUAA